CCUGUACGUGUCAUGAAAUUUUUAGGCACUUGCACCUAGAUGAUGUCGAGGCUUUUGACGACAUCCAACCCAGCUUGACUUUUCUGGUCACUUGAAGUCUUGGACAACAACAGCACUAACAAGCGGCACGCAACACGCCGCCAUGCAUAUACAGCGAGGCCGUACGCUCAGCUCGAGAUGGCUGGGAAGGGUGUUCAGCGUCGAGCACGGUAGCCUUCCAUCAGAACUACCGCUGUACCUCUGUCCAGCAUUCUUCCGGCCUCUGGCAGUUCCCAGCGUUGGUGGCCGACGGUUUCGUCAGGGCGCGCCCUCGUUCCAAAUCCGCAAUCGUACUCAAACCCGCGGACUGCAUGCACAUGCUGCUGCCGCCCCAGCUGCGACGCAGCCCAUUCUAGUUCACAGGCCCUCGAAGUCGCUGCCGAUACAAUGCUCAGGCUGCGGCGGCUUGUCUCAGAUAAUUGUGCCCGACCAGGCAGGCUACUUCGACCUGUCGCGCAGGGCCGUCAAGCAGUAUCUGGGUCUCGAGGAAGACGAACAUGGACAAGGGCGAAUCGGUGCCCACAAGUACGGCGAUGUGGUUGAGGAGGCGCUUAAGAGAGUAAACCUAAACAAAAUGGAAAAGCAAGGCGUCGACCUCAAGUCGCUGCUGCCGGAUCCCAAACCUCGCCGUCCCGAGGCGGCAGCCGCGCCCGUCAAGCCUCCCAUUUGCGAUCGCUGUCACAACUUGAUUCAUCACCAUGCUGGCAAUUCCAUAUUCCACCCCAGUAUCGAGUCGCUACGCGACACGAUUGACGAGUCACCGUACAAGUACAACCACGUCUACCAUGUGUUAGAUGCCGCCGACUUCCCCAUGUCUAUACUUCCGAAACUGAGGGAGAUCAUGGACUUGUCGGCGAUGCGGUCGCAGAAUCGGCGCGCAGGCGAACCCACAUUCCGUAAUGGGCGCAAAACGGACAUCAGCUUCAUUAUCAGCCGGUCCGAUCUCUUCGCGCCCCAGAAAGAACAGGUGGAUCGACUAAUGCCGUACCUGAGGGAUACACUCCGGGGGGCGCUGGGCCGUGUUGCCCGGAAUCUUCGACUCGGCAAUAUCCACUGCGUCAGCGCCAAGAGGGGGUGGUGGACCAAGAAGCUCAAGGAAGAGAUAUGGGAACGCGGUGGCGCGGGGUGGAUGGUUGGCAAGGUCAAUGUGGGCAAGAGCCAGCUGUUCCAGAGUGUGUUCCCCAAGGGGCGGAUGGACUGGAAGCCUCCCAAGCACGAUAUUUCUAUCGUUGUGCAUCCCAACGAGCAAGCCACCCCAUCCUCUGGGGUAGCAGGAAGCGACCCCUUCAGCGCUCUUUUUGCCAAACCCAAGAGGCGAGUGACCGAGGACCUCGCUUUGCUGCCGCCAGCCCUACCAGAAGCUGAAUACCCCGAUAUGCCCGUCGUCUCGUCACUCCCAGGGACGACUGCGUCCCCCAUCCGCAUGCCUUUCGGUGGCGGAAAGGGCGAGCUGAUUGAUCUCCCUGGACUGUCCCGGGGCGAGCUGGAAAACUUUGUCAAAGAGGAUAAGCGCUCCUCACUGAUAAUGAAGAACCGCGUGACCCCCGAGCAGUUGUCCCUCAGGCCCGGUCAGUCGCUGCUCAUCGGCGGCUUGAUUCGGAUCACCCCGCAGACACCCGACCUUGUCUUCUUGUCGUACGCCUUCACUCCGAUCGAACCUCACGUGUCAUCUACGGCCAAGGCCAUUGCCAUCCAGGAGCAGUCCGAGGAGGCGCCCAACGUCGAGACCAUCGCCCUCCCCGGCACCGGCGACAAGAUCAAGCAUGCCGGUUCCUUCAAGCUGCGGUACGACGUCACCAAGCCCCGCGCGGGCCCUAUCACGCGCCGCAAUGCCGCCAACAUCUCCGUUGACAGGCUCCCCUAUCGUGUCUUCUCUAUCGACAUCCUGAUCGAGGGCUGCGGCUGGGUCGAGCUCGUGGCCCAGGUCCGUACCAAGAACCUCGUGCCCUCAUUCUCGCCAACGGAGAAGACCGUCGCAAAAGCAGCCGACAACUGGUCCUCCGACCGGAUAACGACGCUAGACCUGUCGGGGCCCGACCCGAACGACUGGCGAGCCGGAGCCGGAGAGGCAGACGCAGACGCAGACGAUGAAGGCCGCCCUGACAAGCGCGACCCGCUCGAGGACCGCUACCCCGUCGUCGACGUCUACAGCCCCGAGGGCCGCUUCAUCGGCUCCCGCCCGCCCAUGAACGCCUGGCUCCUCAACAAGCCCAGGACAGAGCACAUCAUGAAGCGCCCGAGGAAGAGCAUGCGCGGCGUCAAGAAGGAGGUCAAGAGGAGGCGGCACCUCUUGCAGGCUGUCGGUCUGGAGUAGGGAGGUCAGGUAGUUCUUUUCUUCGACUUGUUAGUUUCCAGUCCAACAGGACUUGUAUAUGUACUCAUAAUAAAUUGUACGAGACUGAAAUACUCAUAUUUAAUCUCCGUUGUUCAUCUUAACAGCUAUAUUUCAUAGAGAGUUGACAAAAUAGGAAGUUCGGAUAAUGUUCACACACUGCGAAACAUACAUAUUUAGUUCCU